CCCGGGGGCCGGGGGCUCGGGUGAGGCUGAGCCCGGGCCUGGCCGCCAGGAGCCGGGACCGGAGCCUCAGCAUCGCCGCCAUCCGCCUCCCCGCUGGGGUCAGGGGUCACGGCGGAGCCCGGAGUCGCCCCCAGAAACCGCACAAAGUAGCCCGAGGCGCGCGCGCGCUGGUUACGGUGGUGGAUGGGGAGAGGGUCAGUCAGUCAGUCAGUGAGUGAGUGAGUGAGCGGUCACUCGGUGGAUAUUUGGAUUAGUUAAACUGACUGAGCGAGAGAGAGAGAGAGAGGCGGUAAGCGAAAGGCACGAUGUCGCUGUACGAUGACUUGGGCGUGGAGACCAGCGAUUCGAAAACAGAGGGCUGGUCCAAAAACUUCAAGCUCCUUCAGUCCCAGCUGCAGGUGAAGAAGGCGACGCUCACGCAGACCAAGACACAACGGACAAAGCAGAGCACUGUCUUAGCUCCGGUCAUAGAUCUAAAGAGAGGGAGCUCUAGUGAAGACAGACAGAUCGUUGACACACCACCUCAUAUAGCCUCAGGCUUAAAGGACUCUGUGCCGAGCGGAUUCUUAUCUGGAGAGGCGUUAAUCCCGUUGGCUGAUGAGUACGAUCCCAUGUACCCGAACGACUACGAGAAAGUUGUGAAACGCCAGCGGGAGGAGAGGCAGCGGCAGCGGGAGCUGGAGAGACAGAAGGAAAUCGAGGAGAGAGAAAAGCGAAGAAAAGAGCGACACGAGCAGCCGACCGGAUUCGCCCGAAGACCAGACCCCGACUCCGACGAGGACGAAGAGCGAGACAAAGAGAGGAGGAAGAGAACUCGGUGUCCGGCGGCUUUCACAAAUGUGGGAGGAGCAGCGAUUGCACCACCUUCGUCACUCGUCGAGAAGGACAAAGAGCUCAUUCCGCCUUUCCAGUACGAGGAGGAGGCCAGAUCGCGGGCCACGCCCUCCUCCAAAGCCGCCAUUCCUCCGCCUAUUUACGACGAGCCCCCCGAGAGACCACGCUCCCCACCUGGUCCCACCAACUCCUUCAUUGCCAACAUGGGAGGCACCGUGGCUCACAAGAUCAUGCAGAAGUACGGAUUCCGCGAGGGUCAGGGCCUCGGGAAGCACGAGCAGGGCCUGAGCACGGCGCUGUCGGUGGAGAAAACCAGCAAGCGAGGGGGCAAGAUCAUCGUCGGUGACAGUGCGGAAAAAGUGGAAGCUCCGGCAGCUACCAAAAAAACAGAGGCAAACCCGUUAACAGAGAUCCUAAAAAAUCCCACCAAGGUGGUCUUACUGCGGAACAUGGUGGGGGCAGGAGAGGUGGAUGAUGACCUGGAAGGUGAAACUAAGGAAGAGUGUGAGAAAUAUGGCAAAGUCACUAAAUGCGUUAUAUUUGAGAUUCCUGGAGCGCCUGAUGACGAGGCAGUCAGGAUAUUUGUGGAGUUUGAGAGGGUAGAAUCCGCCAUCAAAGCUGUCGUUGACCUGAACGGAAGGUACUUUGGAGGCCGAGUGGUCAAGGCCUCUUUCUACAACCUGGACAAGUUCCGCCAAUUGGACUUGGGUGACCUUUUCUGAAGCGGUCGGCAUCGCCAGCCUCUCUCUCCACACCCACACCCUCAUCACCCCCUAUGACCCACACCCC